UAAGCAGGAUGACGAAAUAGUUCUCUCGAGCGACACAUUCGUGAUCGAACGAAAUCUGGGGUAGGCAAGUAGCGAAACAUUUCUCCCAUCGUUGGGCUGCUGUGGUUGCUUCCGAUUUGGCAAGUGACCGGAAUCGAUUCUGCCAGCAAACAAGCGUAUCCUAUAUUUGGUUUGUGAUUUUACGCAUUGGUUUCGGUGUGGGCGGAAGGAACUUUCCACGGAGCAGUGUAGCAGCUGGGCUGUUCUGAAAGAAUACUGUUUCCGUGACGACGUCGUUAGAAAAAAACAACGAAGGAUCAGUGUGCAAGAGUGUCUGUACAGUGACCGGUUUGUUGGAACGAUGGAAGCUUUGGUAGAGAAUGCGGCGGCCCCGCCUUCCCGCUUCUACUGUCACUCGUGCGCCAUCGAAAUCGAUCGUGUCUCAUCGGAAUUCACAUGCCCACACUGUCUGGAAGGAUUCAUUGAAGAGCUUCCGGCAGCGGAACGGGGCGGAGCAGCUGGAUCAGCAGCAGGACAAGAUACAGAACAACCAUCAAGCGAUUACGACAAUCCGCAGUUUAGCAAUGAGCAGGCAAUAAGAUUAGCCGGAGAAAUUUUUACAAACUCUAUUUUGUCGCCGUUCUUUCGUCGUUCUGACGGCCAGGAUGGUGAAUCGGCGAGCGGAGCUGGUGCGGGAGGUGGUGAACCUGCUAUGUUUAUAGACGACAUUCCUAUGGAUGGUAGCAGUGGUCCGUCGUCUGGUGUUCCGCUUGCAUCGGGAACAGCUGGUGGCGAAAUGGGCGAUGGCGCAGCAGGAAGCAGUAGUGCGGGUAGUGGUGAUACUCGUCCAUCCAUGCGUUACACCGGUAGACGGGGUAGUCGUAGACGAGGGGUUCAAAACAUAAACCACGUAGAUCAAAUUCUGCGCGAAAUUCUGAUAUCGGUGUCGGGCGGUGCAUCUGGUGCCGGUGCCAGUGGCCCGAUGUUCUUUAUGGGCAAUCCGGGAGACUAUGCUUGGGGACGCGAAGGCAUCGACACCAUCGUUACACAGCUGCUCAACCAAAUGGACAAUACGGGUCCGCCUCCGCUGGAAAAGGAGCGAAUCGCGCAGAUACCGACCGUCACCAUCAACGAGGAACAGGUGGAAAAGAAGCUACAGUGUUCGGUUUGCUUUGAAGAUUUUGUUGUUGGCGAAUCGGUCCGAAAAUUACCUUGUUUGCACGUUUAUCACGAUCCAUGCAUCAUUCCGUGGUUGGAACUACACGGUACGUGUCCUAUCUGUCGAAAUAGUCUUACACCGGAAGAUUCACAUGGUGGCGCGCAAUCACAGUCGCAGGACAGCGCCCAAUCACACAGUGAUAGUUCGCAGCCACAUCAGCAAGCAUCGCAGCCGCAGUCCGACUCGGGGCGGCAGAAUUCCAAUUUUCUAACCUUCACAAUACAUGAUCUGCUUCCUACCCUUUCAGGGCCUGCGAUGACAAAUCUGCUGUUCGAGAUGGCGCAACCUCUGGCGGCUACUGCAUCAUCCGUAUCAUCUAGUCUACCACCAACGGCUUCCGGCAGUGGUGCCAAUUCCGGUGCUGGUACCGGAACCACCACCAACGGUGAUGUAUCUACCACCAGUCGCAACAAUACAGGCGUGGGCGGUGCAUCAACCAGUGGCGGUUCAAACGGUUCGCAACCGAGCAACAGCCAGCGGGACGAAGACGGUACCAUUGAUUACACGCUAGAGUUAGAUUAACCAAAAAGUCCUCGCCGCAAACACAACACACAUACACACAAACAGACACGCGCCCAUGCGCAUAAUCUUUCCCGAAGGGAGCUGUUGCUUUAGGAACGAUUUUCCGUGAGGUAAGGGAGUAUAGAAACACGCGAGGCGCGAAGAUGAUGAGGAAGAAUUUUGUUACUUAAACUUUGCUGUCCUGAGGUCUGAUCUGUGUAACGAGACGUAUUUGGUGCUCACCGGGAACUGCUGUAUACAUUUCUUUCAGUUCCUUCUGUUUAGGCGAAGGCGGAGAAUUAAUAUUUACCUUUUUAGCAACCUCAACAUUCAAUUCUACCAUGGUCUAGAAUUAUGCACAAUGUCUGUUGAAAUAACCGUUUUCUGAGGUGAAAACUUGUUGGAAUGCAACACUUGACCCACUUUCAAGUGUAGGAUAGGAUAGUUUUCCUGUACGCGGGACUGACUCUUCUCAAAGGUCAAGGAGAGAUAAAAAUGGUACCCCUUCCGAGGUUGUAGUACCACCAGGCUGUAGUAGUAGUACCAGGAAGAGAGAGAAGUGUUAAAAUAUGUAUUAUAAGUUCUUUUUUAGACUGUUGCAUUGGUUUGCUUGCGUGUUGUGUUCCAAUUUUUGCUCUAAGUUUUGAAAGGUAACUGAACCACACGGGUGUUAGUAGGACAAGAAGGCCGUCAAGAGAAUCAGAAAAUAGAAGAAGUGUGAAGAAGGCUAGAAUUCUUCUUCACACUAGCCUCCAAAGUGUACAGAAGUGUCUCUAGCUGGUGGUUGAGCCGCCAAUGGGUUAGGUUUACGUAGAUCUCCCUGAUGUUUGGAUGUCGUUUGGACGGAUUUUUGGCUGGCAGGAACGACUCGGUUACGGACUUGACGAAUUAGACGCUGAACCUCUUGAUAUGGUGUCAUCUGCUCCGGUGACGUGGUACUGAAAUGCCCACUUGCAUACCCACAUUGCGUGAGGCUGGACUGUGGAUGGACUCCUGGGGAGCGAUGCUACAAAUCCUGUACGGAAUGGGCCUCUCCGUUGCCCAAACUCAUGCUCGCAAAAAGCAAUCGAGAUAGACACUAUGUAAGACCGUAACAUUGCUCACAAAGUGCGAAAAGUGAUUAGAACUUUGUCACCUAAUGUUCUACAGCUUGUGGACUAUAGAAGACCUCACUUAAUUGAGCGUUGUAUCGGUACGGUACCAUAGGGGGAGCGACCCCUCACACUAGCCGAUUUGACUUAAAUUGCUUCCAUCGAGGCUGCCAAUAACCUCGAACAUGUUGGUAGCCUGUUGGAACUGUCCGUACCUGGAUUCAAAGCCGGAAAUACACUUUCAAGCUAAAGGGUAAGGGGUAUCAUCGGGAUCCUCCCGAUGCAGUCCUCUAGAUAAACUGUAUGAAAGCCUGUAUGUAGACCUAGGAGUUUCGCGUACGAUUUGGUCCAACUUUGCUUUAAUUCACUACAUGCUUUAUGUGCAUCAAGUUAACAACUUAUGUUAACUUAUGUGUUAACAACAGGACAGUGAGUGUGGGUUAGGUAAGGAACACCACCACAAGGACUUUCAUUCUAUAUAACGGUUUGGGGGAAGUAAGAAAGCGAAGAGAGCCGGAAAUCCGUGUUGGCAGUUCCCUUUUCUUUUAUUUUUUCUUUCUUCUCCGCAUCAUGUUAGCAAUAUCGUUUUAUGCCUGUUAUCUAAUUUUACUUAGCGGUUGCCAUUUAAUGCGCUCAUUGGGUGAAAAAGCAGUAAAGCGAAUGAGCGUUGUGCUGCUGCAUAAAGAUAGCAACGAUAUUUUCUCCGUUCGGUUAAUAAAACAGUAAUUGAUUUUCUUUAACAAAGCAGAUGGCCAACGGCUUCAAUCGGGGCAGGUUUUUGAAAUGCAAUCCGGUGGCAUACCGGAAAGAAUGUGUUCAACUGUGGGCUGUGGGAAGAAUGUGUGUGUGUGUGCUGUGUGUUAAUAGGUUUGUGUGUUUAAGAAGCAAAGCAAACAGGCUUAGUUACCCCCUGCGGAACAGGUAUCAUACGGUAACAGCAAGCAAUGCGCUGCCGCUUUAUCGCUAGUUGCGUCACAAUUCAUUCCUGUGAUUUGGCUUCUCUUCUGCCAUUCGUACACGAAUUGGCAGUGCGUGUGUUGGAUGAGCGAACAGAUGUGUACAGCAGGACGUAUUCAGGAGCAAGGAAUAAAAAUAUAAAUAAAGGGAGGGAAAAUAAGAAGAGACCCAACAAAACAGAUCGCUUUGCAAAAGCACAAUACGAAGGACUGAAUUGAUGAACGGUUGAGGUGGAGGGGAAUGUGGAAAGGCGAAGUACGGAAAAGGGGACUACAAUUAUUAUUUCCUAUUAGCGAAGUGUCCCCUUUUCGGUUGUCAACGUAAUAAACGCACGGUUAGUUUCGAAAUGGAGCCAAAUCGCCAUAUUAUCAGUAAACUACAAUAGAAACCACAAUCCAGAAGGAAACAUUCAAUACAGCGUGUCGAAUGGCACGCUUAUUCGUGCGAAAUGGCAACUGUAGCAUGUGAAACGUUUUCUGGACAAAGUAAAGCUUUAGUUUUGUCUACGACUGCAAUCAAUUGGCACAAAACAAUUUUGGUAUAAAAUUUUGAAACGAAAAACGGAAGUUACUACCAUCGGAUGAAAAUGCCCUAAUCUCCUAAUAUCGCCAUUCCCCCAUGUCUGCCCAUACUGUGUAUAUCGUUUUGCACAGAACAAUUCCUCAUACCGGCAAAUGUAACUAAACGGACGAUAACAUGGACUUGAUUUUACAGUAUAAAAUAACCUAAAUGCUCUAGUAAACGAUUUUAAUCUUCUGUUCUCUGCCUCUAUUGUAAUGUGGACGAAUGUAAAGGGUUUAGGUUUGUCCCCGUGUUCGGCGUCCUACGGCAUUCAAAGACAGUUAACUCAGUCAUAAUAAAUGGCCUCUGAUACGGAUGCAGCGCGCUCGUUCGAUCGGACUGCGUUUUAAAAGGGGUCACUAUCGCUCUAAAGAAAGACAACAGAUUGCAUGGUGUUAAUUAGACAGCUCUUAUAACGAUAAUUUCACAUUUAAGUAACACUACAUUGAUAUGAUUAUGAAUUAUUAUUAUUAUUGAUGCGUUGAAAAUAA